AUGGACUACACGAUGGAGGACACUCAGAACUCGGCGCCCGAGACCCUGGAAGCUACCAAGCUGAGUGGCGCCGGACAGCGCGGUGACACCCAGAGCGUCACCAAGCGCCUACAAGCUGAGCUGAUGCAGCUCAUGAUCUCGCCCUCGCCCGGUAUCUCCGCCUUCCCCGACGCCGACGGCAACCUCCUCUCAUGGACGGCGACCAUCACCGGUCCCACGGAGACUCCCUACGAAGGCUUGACGCUGAAGCUUUCCUUUGCCUUCCCUAACAACUACCCCUACUCUCCGCCAACCGUCCUCUUCAAGACCCCCAUCUACCACCCAAACGUCGACUUCUCUGGCCGGAUCUGCCUGGAUAUCCUGAAGGACAAGUGGAGCGCCGUGUACAAUGUCCAGAGCGUGCUUCUGAGCUUGCAAAGUCUCCUGGGUGAACCCAACAAUGCGAGCCCUCUAAACGCCCAAGCCGCCGAGCUCUGGGACUCGGACCAAGCAGAGUUCAAGAAGCACGUCCUGGCCCGCCACCGUGACCUCGACGAUGAGUAG